AUGUGCCAUAAACUGCAGCAGCUGCACUCAGUAUGCGGCCAUGUCACGAAGCGAGAACUCCCCUGCGAUAUCGCCGCUUACACUCCUAAGAGGUACAAGAACAGACUGCGGUGGAGUCUCCCCGUUCAGGCGGGCAGAGUGCCGGCGGAUUAUGUGUUCCGCCAUCGCGAUUCGAAGGACGACCGAGCGGCAGGAUCUGGGCUUCCAAGACAAGAGUUGGCCGUGCUUCAACAAGUUAUGAAGAUUGCUGGCAUAGACAUGGGCAGCAGUGGUGCUGCCUCCAGACUAGGGAAUGCUAAAGAGAUGAGGCGGAAAACGCUGGAGUGGGCGGAGGAAGGGGACAGCGCGAGACGGAGGAACGAGAUGGAGCAGGAAGUCGAGGCAAGGAAGAGGACAGAGGAGGAGAAACAGCGGCAGAAGGGAAGACUCGAACAGGAGAGAAUCCGACAAGAGAGGCGGCAACAAGGGAGAGUCCAGCAGCAGAUGCAGGAGAGGCUCGAGAAACAAAGACUCAAAGAGCAAAAGGUUGAGAGCCAAAGAAAAAGACUUGAGGAGCAAAGAUUCGACGAGGAAGAAUUUGAGGAGAGGAGAGCCAGGAAGGAGAGAAGGCUCAAAGUCAAGAGGUGGCUUGAGCAACAGAGAAGCCUCGAGGAGAAUAACGCCUUCAAAAAGAACAUCAUCAAGGAGGAGACAAGGGAGAAGAUACGGAAGAGCGGUAAGAACAAAAAGAACACCACCGUCGAGAUCAAAGGCAUAGAAGGCAAGACGCUGAUCAAAUGCGAACAUGGGAAAAGCAAGAUGGGUGUGAAAGUUAGCAUAACCCCUCGCAGCACACAACACCACGGUUCUCACUCGAGCGCCAGACAUCGUCGCGAGGAAGACUCUGGUGAUGUGGACUCCCUGGAGGGCAAGCCAGAUGUAUAUAGAUCACGCGCCUUUUCGGACCUCCCAGUCCACCCACCGGCUUCCACGCCCAUUUCGAAGAAGAGAAAGACUGAGAAGCAAGAGGCGGGGAAGGUCGAAGAAAAAGAGCCUGAAGAAAAGUCAACAUUUCAACGCAGAUACCAACAACCACACAUCCAAGACAUUAGUUUCCCCGAUUUCUCUGAACCUGCUAUCCGACAGCAGUCCAACCCUGUCGCACACAGAUAUCCCAAGCUCUUAUCAAGCAAGCUUGGCCCAAAUCUUGAGAUACCACCGUCCGGAUCCGAAGCCAAGGCGCCCACACCACUCGGUACAUCCGCUGACGUGACCUCGAAGCGCAGCUUGGGGCGCCCAGAAGAUUCGACAAGAGAAGCGAAUGUCGUUUACCAGUCGGACACUGACAAGAAAGCACCAACCACAGACACCAAGAGGCAAGAAACGCCUUCAAAGCCCAAUCACAACCAAGAUCUAGUACAGGUCCAAAACAACAACCAGAACAUCAGCACUGUUCAAGCUAAAAGAAACAGCACACAGAAGCUGUCGGCUCCCAAGCCUUUGAAGGAGGUCUUCCCAACUCAGCCACCUACGGCCCCUCCCGUCCAUCCAACCGUCGUGAAGAAUGGCAAUAGUGCUAGUACACCAGAUCACAGCAUCAAGGCGCCACUCCCGGAUCCCCAUCCGAGAAAUAAUAUCCCAAAGGCGACAAAUCCCGAGCGCAACCCUGCUCCUCAACAGACUUCCCAUUUGCCUCGAUCCCCUCAGGCAUUGAGGUUGAACCCCUCUCCGUUCGUUCCCAAUGCGGCCAAACAUAGCGAAACGUUGGUAGGAAGGCCCUUUCUGUCGAUUCCCAGCUUGCCGGUCCAGGCACCGAGACCAAAGCCCUUUCAGCCAACACCGGAUCCGCCCGGAAGUGACAAGAAGCCGACACAAGGCCCCUCUCGACAAGACUCCAGCUUGCUGAUUCAGGUGCGGAGAUUGAAACCCACUCGAUCGAUCCUCAGUCUGUCCGGUGAUAAGGCUCGGGACAGCAACCGCCCCCAAAGACGCAAGAGCGUAACCUGGGCGGAGUCCCCGGUAUUAAACAUCAUCAAAUGGAUCGAGCCGAGAGAGGACUUGAGGAAGGCUGAAGAGCAGGCCAAGAGAGUGUACAGGUCCCCGUUCAUAUCUGAAGAUGAUACUUCAGAGAGCGGCGUGGGCUGUACCCGUUCCCAAGGGACUAAAGAGGAGCCAUCCAAACCAGUCCCGGAAACGUCAAGCCUCCAAGUACCUCAGUGUCCGCCAACUUCACCGGUACAGACGCCGGCUUGCUUGGAAAAGCCCGGUUCUGGUUCGACCAUUGUUGAGUCCAGCUCGUCAAUCUCUAGCAACAAACCCGAGCACUCCUGCAGCAGCAACUCGGACAUAUGA